AUGAGCGGGAACGAUAUUGCAUCCCUAGCUGGUACCCACACUUCAACGGAAAAUCUGUUGGCAAUGAGUAACAGCAGCAACCAGAUUUUUAGUAGUAGUAGUAGUUGUGAAAGUAUUAUGAGUAGUAGUGAUAGCUCUUGUAGUAGUAGUAGUUGUUUGGGAAUGAUGGAGGCAGUAGGGAUGGAAUCAUCACCUCCAAAGCAGCCUUUGAAGAGAAGUCUUCCGUGCCAUAGAAGAAGCCAAUCGGUUGGUGUUUGUGAGUUAAAGACAAUGAUUAGUGAUUUUGAGAUUACGACUCAUCCACCUACACCUCUAUCACCUUCAUCAUCAUCUCGGAAGAUGAAUUAUUCAUCAAAUAAUUCAGCAGUCACAUCUACUACAUUGGAUGAUAUGAAUAUUUCAUCAACAACAAGUACAAGAGUUAAAUCUGGAAGUUUAAUACAUUUUGCACAGCCGAAGAGUAGUAGUCAGAAUCCAAUCACAACAAGAACGACCAUGUUGAAUUUAUCACCAAAUUCACCUGAAGAUGGGUUGAGUUCUUCACCUAAUAGCAGUGGAAGUUCAGCAAGUCCUAAUACUAGUUUUAAUUCAUCAUCAUCACCACCAUCUGGUUCAUCGGAACGUAAAAAGACACCAAGAAAAGUUAGUUUUAAAGAAUCAUUCCUUAAUGCUCUGAGCAAACCAAAGAAAUUCAUUGAAAAACUGUCUCCGAGAGGAAAUCAUGAAAAACAACACGAUUCCGAAGUUAGUAACGACCUUAAAAAAGUGCCAAGUGAGGAAGUAAUUGCAGAUACAGGUGAGGAUAUGAGAAGAAGUUUGGAUCCAGGACUUUUACAACGAGAAGCCAUCAAGAGAGAUUUGAAGGAAAAACACAAACCUGGAAAAUCAACCAUUGGAAAAUUCACGACUAGUAAUAUGGAUAGUGAUUUGCAUAGAAAUGAUAUGUCACCUCCUCUAAUUCGAUUGGUAGUGGAUAAAUAUCCAAUCACCACCCAUGUUAAGAAAUUUUUGAAUCCUCAACUAAUUUUGUACAUUAUGAACUUUAUUUCUCUUCCAUUUGGAAGAUACCUCUCCAAAACAACAAAAACAUCCUUCAAUAAGGAUAAUUAUUUCAAAUUAUUCUUUGGAAAAUUUAAAUUGGGUUUCUUCCAACGAGGAAACAUUAGUACACACGACUACUUUUUGAUUUUCAAACAUAUUUACAUAUCAGACAAUUUUAAUAUUGAUUUUACGGAAAUAGGGCCUCUUUUCAAGGGAGUACCACUUGCAAAGAUUGAAUCUCUCUCUUUUAUCCAGUUUAGAACUGAUUCCAACUAUUCCUGCCUUUCCACUUUGAAAGGAAAGCUUCCUUUCCUAUUGCAACACAUGAAAUCUCUAAAGAAACUCUAUAUUAAUACUGAAUACAUUACCAAUGAUGAUAUGAAUUCAUUAUUAUUGGAUGGCGAGGCCAGCAGUAGUGGUAAAACAGGUGCAAAUGACAAGAGCACUCAACUUCAUCACAAGGAACAUCACGGACUAUUCCACAGGAAAACAAAGCAAAUAACCUGUAAUUUGAAUCAAAACCGUGUCCAUAAUAUUAUGAAUAACAUUGAGGAACUAGUAAUUGGUAGUUUGAAAGAAAUGUCAACUGUAAAUAUUCAAAACUUGCCAAAUCUCAAGUACUUUGUUUGGAGAACACGUGUGGACGGUACGCUAUUGUUCAAUUCACAACCUGAGCUGUUUACCUGCACAACAUUGGAACUCAGUAAGGUAAUGCUCAAACCAAACCAACUCAAAUUGUUAUUCUCUGGCCUUCCUACCUUGAUAAACUUGAAGAUUGAAUACUUGUCAUCGAGACUUUCUCACAAUUCAGUUUGCCAACUCCAAGAAAAUAAGAAUUUGAAAAGACUUACAUUACGUUAUUGUAAAAAUACUGACUAUAAUAUUGGAGAUGUGAUAUGUAUUAGUGUGAGUAAUCAUCCUAAUCUUUGUGUGUUGGAUAUUAGUGGUAUGGAAACAAGAGAUGAAGCCAUUCAAUAUCUCUUUGUGACCAAUGCAGGAAAGAAUGUGGUUACUAACUUUAAGUGUAAAGGAAGGCUCAUUCAAACUGAUAACAAUAAUCCAGACUCAUUUUCAAUGAUACAGGGACCUGGGUUAAAGGACAUUCAGCUCAACACAAAGCUGACCUUUUUGGAUUUAAGCAAUCACCCAAUUACUCUUGAGGGAUUGUCUCUCAUUUGUCAGUCAACUUCUAUCAGACAAUUAAUUUUGAGGAAUUGUUCAAUGGAUAAUGCCAAGAUUUAUGAAUCAGUCACCACUCUUUUCCUCUCCAAGAAACCAAACGCCAGUUUGCUAUUGGAAGAAUUUAAAUUCCUUAAAUUUGAGCUAUAA